CCCCUCAGUCUUCCAGCUGCAACUCAGACAACAGGGCGCUCCUAGCGUCCUUCAUCUGCAUAUUUAUCCCAGCGCCUGACACUCGGUGGUCUUUGGGUAAGGUGGUUUAGGUGAGACGGCUGCCUGUGCAGCCUGGAGGGACGGGCUCCUCGGUGGCCAGCACCUGGUUACCCACAGCCGCAACCCUAACUGCAGGGCUAAGCCAUGUCCACCGGCCUCGCGGUUUGAGAGGCAGCCUGUACCGAGCAAGCUGCUCACUCAUACUCUUGCCUCCCAGCAGCCCCCCUGGCUCGCCUUCAUCAUUCUGGACAUCCAGGUUCCCGAGGCAAGAGCGCAGCACCAGUCGCCAGCGCUCCCGAGGCUCCCCUCCGAGCACCUGCGUGCCCUACAAGGUCCACCCGGCACUCGCCAUGGCAACCUUCGGGUGCCUGGCUACGAGCCAUGUCAGCCACGUGUGGGAGCAGCUGCGGCAGUUUUGGGCCGAUCACAUCUCGCGGCGCUUCUUGCCACGGCGGCCGCCACUGCGCCGCAUCUCCUCCCUGUCCACCUUCUACCUGCUGAAUUACAGCACGCGCCAGGCCGAGCUGGGCCUCGACUACGGAGCGCCGCGCAUGCGCCUCGGCAACCAAGCCUUCGAGUUCCGCGGCGGCCGGUGGACAACGGAGGGCCAGUUGGCGACGACCGUCUCGGGCUGGAAAGCGCAGGUGCAGCGGACCACGAGCCAGGUGUUGCUGAAGGAGAACAACUACCUGAAGCUGCAGCAGGAAGUGCUCAUGGACAUGCUGACUGAGACCACGGCGCGCAUGCACCUGCUGGAGAAGAAGCUCAACUUCGAGGUGACUCCGGCCGCUGCGGCGCACGCCCAACAGAGGAAGAUGCGCAAGCGCGCAGGCGCCAGCCGGGGCGUGCUCAUGAUCCAGCCUUGCGUUCUGGACUCGCAGUGACGUAAUAAAGCGCGCGCU